AUGAGGUUGAUAGUGCACAAUAUGUUGUCUUGCAACAUUAAAGGAGUGGUCAACAAGUUUCCUCUGCGAAUCGAAGCGGAGAAGGUAACAGUAAAAGAGGUUGAUUUCAACCCGGAUUUUCUCAGGUACAUGUUUGCCAAAAUCGAUUGGAAGGCUCUAGUGGAUGGUGCACGUUCUAUGGAAUACACCGAACUUCCCGAUAACGCACCAGACACGACGACGCUGGAAUCUGACGAAACAUUCCUAAGGAAAUUCCACCACGCGUUGCUCGAGCUUCACCUUGAGGAAGGCUCACUCGUCUGCCCAGAAACCGGUAGGAAGUUUUCGGUUAGCAAAGGAAUUCCCAAUAUGCUUCUCCACGAAGAUGAAGUUUAA